UCAAACGAUUGUCACUUUUAAUUAUAAAUAUCACUGAAAUAGAUGUUUAAAAAAUAUGAAAACAAUGUUGAUUAAACAAUUUCACCGCAAAUUUGUCUACGAAAGCAUUAUUCUUGUAGCAAGACGCUUUCAAAGUACUCAUGAGGUUUCAUCUAAACAUUACGAUGUUAUUGUGGCCGGUGGUGGCAUGGUCGGGACAACUUUGGCUUGUACUCUAGGUAAAAAUCCUAAAUUGUCACAGAAAAAGAUUUUACUGUUAGAAGGAAGUAAACAAUCAUCUUGGAAGUUGCCUGAUGCUUACAGUAACAGAGUUUCAGCUUUGAAUGCUGUUACUUUUGAACUAUUAAAUGACAUUGAUGCUUGGAAACACAUUGCCGGUGCUAGAUUUGGGCCGGUUAAACGUAUGCAGGUUUGGGAUGCCAUGUCUGAUGCUGCUAUUAGUUUUGAUCAUGAUAAUUUAGAAAAACCCGUGGCGUAUAUUGUUGAAAACGAUGUUCUUUUGAAUGCAGUGAGACAGGAAAUGGAAAAUGUAAAGACGGUUGAAGUGCUUUAUGAAUCAAAAAUUCAAAAAUGUAGUCAUUCUGAUGCAGAGGAAGAUUUGGUGACAAUAUGUAUGGAAAAUGGGGCCAAAUACACUUGUGAGCUGCUGCUGGGCUGUGACGGUGCCAACUCCCUUGUGAGAACAUCAAUGGGCUUUCACCACAUUUCUAGUAAUUACAACCAUAUGGGAAUUGUUGCAAGUUUAAAAUUACCACAGGAUUUCGACAACGUCGUGGCUUGGCAGAGACAUCUACCUAAAAGCGGAUUUUUGGCACUGCUUCCGUUAACUGAAGGUUUAUCAUCUAUGGUUUGGUCAACAAAUGAAGAAAAUGCCAAAAAUCUUAUUAAACUACCCGAAAAUGAAUUUGUAGAUGCCAUCAAUGAGGCUCUAUGGAAAGUUUACCCUAAAAGUAGAUUGGUUAAUCAAACCAUGCAAGCUUUUGAUAAUUUGGUUCGAUUUUUCGAUUUGCCGUCAACUUCAGUGACUCAGUUGCCCCCAAAAAUUCUGGGUUGUGAUAUAAAUAGUAGGGCGAUGUUUCCUCUUGGUCUAGGGCAUGCGACGAAUUAUGUUGGAAAAGGAGUGGCUUUAGUCGGCGAUGCAGCUCAUAGGAUACACCCCCUAGCAGGUCAAGGAGUAAAUUUGGGUUUCGGUGAUAUCAUUUGUUUGAACAGAAUUUUGGGCGAAGCCGUUUACUCAGGUAGCAAAAUGGGUAGCUUAUUGUAUCUCAAAGAAUACGAAACGGAACGGCAGAAAUACAACGUUCCCAUGAUGCUUGUUGUUCAUGGACUUUUCCAUUUGUACAGUACAGAAUUCACCCCUCUUGUCCUUCUGAGAAGUUUGGGACUACAAGCGACCCAUGCAUUAUCUCCCCUCAAGAAACUUCUGCUAUCAAGAGCAUCUGGUCUUCGCUAUUGGGAGACGUGAUUUUUCAAAUAAACAUGAACUCUUUCUUGUUUGUUUUUGUAUAUUUUUUACAAAAUUGUAAACUGUUUGUGAAAUGAAUAAAUAAAUUUAAAAAAUAUAAACA